CUUCUUCUUCCUUCUCUACCCCUAACCUUUAUUCUCACUCUCUCUCUUCGACUCCAUCUUGUCUUAUUCGUUGCUUCUUCUCUCCGUCACCGAGAGAGAUCUCACCAGACUCCGAUCCCAAAUCAAGAUCUCACCCCUCCACCUCUCUCAAGAUCCAUCUCUAAAGCUUCUAAAAAAAACGCAUAGAUGCAACGAUGGGAGCUGAGAAGAAAUGGCUAUUCACACUCUUCUCCGUAGCCUUCCUCUCCGUCUUCCUCCUCUUGCUCUACUCCUUCUCCGCCUUCACCUCCAACCCUUUCCCUUCCCCUAUCCGUCACGGCCCUCACUACCCGCCUUCCUUCGCUUACUACAUAACCGGCGGUCGCGGUGACGGUGACCGGAUCUUCCGGUUGCUCCUCGCGGUUUAUCACCCUAGGAACCGGUACCUUCUCCAUCUCGGAGCCGAAGCUACUGACUCGGAGAGGCUAUCUCUUCUCUCCGACUUGAAAUCUGUUCCCGCUGUGAGUGCCUUUGGGAACGUUGAUGUCUUGGGGAAGGUUCAUCGUCUCUCUGAUAACGGCGCCUCUAAGAUCGCCGCUACGCUUCACGCCGUGUCCAUCUUGCUCAAGCUUGGUCGCUCUUGGAAUUGGUUUAUUGAGCUGAGUGCCUUGGACUAUCCCCUCAUUACUCAAGACGACCUGUCUCAUGUGUUUGCCUCGGUGAACAGAAGCGUUAACUUCAUUGAUCAUACUAGUGAUCUCGCUUGGAAAGAAUCUCAGAGAAUCAAACCUAUUGUUGUGGAUCCAGCACUUUACUUAGCCAGAAGAACACAGCUCUUCACUGCUACUGAGAAACGACCAACACCAGAUGCUUUCAAAGUCUUCACAGGCUCGCCGUGGAUCGUACUGAGCAGAGCUUUUCUUGAAUACAGCAUCUUCGGUUGGGACAAUCUACCGAGAAUCCUCCUCAUGUACUUCAACAACGUCAUCCUCUCCGAAGAAUGCUACUUCCACACGGUGAUCUGCAACGCCCCCGAGUUCAGCAACACGACCGUCAACGCUGACUUACGCUACAUGAUCUGGGACAGCCCUCCGAAGAUGGAGCCGCACUUCCUCGGCGCGCCGGAUUUCGACCAGAUGGCAUCUAGCGGAGCGGCUUUCGCGCGGCAGUUCGAGAAGGACGACCCGGUCCUCGACGUGGUGGACAGAGAGAUUUUGAAACGGGGACGGUACAGGGUCACUCCUGGAGCUUGGUGCACUAGCCAUAGUAGCUGGUGGACUGAUCCUUGCUCGGAGUGGGAUGAUGUCAACGUGGUGAAAGCUGGACCUCAGGCUAAGAAGCUGGACGAGACGAUAACGAAUUUUCUUGAUGAUUUGAAUUCACAGACAAAUCAAUGCAAGUGAAAGAAGAAUGGUGGGGGAUUGUCUGAAAUCAUUUACACACGGGACACUGACACGAGAUUACAUUUGCUUUCUGUCUGAAAGAUUUAUACGAGGAGAAGAGAAAGGAGAGAUUUGUUCUCCUUUCCCAUGAUUUUGUAAUUCCUUUUGUUAAGCGGCUAUUAGUCUGUCCACCUCUGUUCUUGUUGUAUCUCUUUGUUAAUGGAGACUGCGACUUGUAGGGUUUAAACAAAAAUAGAACAAAAAGAAAAAACCGAAACUAAAUUGAUGGUCAA